GUUAAGACUGAAUGUUGAUAAUACAAAUACUAUGCAUCGUGCACAUGCGCAUCAUCAUACACAAAACGUUUUAAGUCUUAUUUUUCCUGUCUACAGAUGUGAGAUAUACCUGAAAUUAAUCCCAGCACACUCUCCAACAAGCGUUUUUUUUGUGAGGGCAAACAUGACUGAGAUGGCAGACGCCAGGCAGUGAUGCACUGACAGUGUAUGAUGGCGACAUCCUGCUACUGCAGGAAGUUGAGCAAAGACAGUGGAUGGGUACGAAAGUUGACAGAGCCACUGGCAAGCUUCUGUACGACCAGCAUGGUGCUAUCCCCAGCACUGACAAAAUGCAGCUUGAUGGCAAUGGUGGACUAGCUUUGCGAUCUUUGGACCGAGAGACCGAAAAAUCUGGUUCUCUGACACGAAAAGGAGCCAUCCGCCGAGUGCUGAAACAUCAGGAUUCUUAUAUUGCAGCCUACACACAUGUUGUUCCCAUGAAAGCUACCCGCGCUUUACCAGUGUUGGUACUUGGCCCACCAUCGGCCAUUGAUGCCUUGCUUAAUUGUGUGCCAGAGGUUGCUUCUGACUGGGCCAGUGUCAUAUCAGAUACCCACUCAAUGUCAUCAUCCCAGCUAUUUGCACCAAAUGGCAACAAGCACAACAUCGUGAAAUGGGAGGGCCGCCCCAAGGACCACAACAGUAAUCCCUACAAGUCCAUCUUUAUCACGAUCACUCUAAGUUCACAGGAAACCUUACAGACUCUCAGGGAGAUACUGAAGCAGAAGGACUUUGAACUGGAUGUGAAGCAGGAGUCUGAAAAACUGAGGGAACCCUUGGAGUUUGUGCAGAGGGCUGGUUUUCACAUGGAGUCGCUAGUCAUAACUGAAGGAGGGUACACCAGAUCCUCGUUCUGGGAAGAUAUGAAACAGAAAGUCAAGAAAGUACAACAGCAAAUCUUCUGGCUGGAGCCCUUUGGCAAAUACAUGCCUUUCCCUUAGAGAACUAACACUUGUUUUGUUCUUGUGCAAAUUGUAAAUGUGCAUACAUGCACACACACACACAUGCUUUUUAAAAACAAUUUACUUUUGAAGCUUUUUGGUGCCCUUGCAGGAACUUUAGAAAGUUACUGUUAAAUUGUCCAUGCCUGUUUGUCUUUGGCAGACAACUUCCCGAAUGGUAAAGCAAAGUAUUUGCUUAUGCACAAUUUGCAGCAAUCAACUGUAAUCUUGCCAUCUUUACUCUUGGUACCUAUGACUAGGGAUCAAACACCUUUUGAAACACUUCAACACCUCUUCAUUUCAUUAUCUAGAAUUUUUUAAGAGUUUUUAAUUUCAAUUUAUUGUUUAUAUACACCUGUGGAACAUAAUGACAUAAGAGGAACACAUCCACUUAAAGAUGUUGAUUUUUUUACAAUCUUCAUUUCAGGCGUUCUUCAUUUUAUACUGUUAAUCAUAAAUUAUUUCCAGACAAUCAAUUUUUGUCACAUUUUAAAUUUAGAGUUCAGAUGUUCCAGUCCUGUUUGUAUUUAUCUGAUUUUUGUUAUUAGAGGUGAUUACUUUCUCACCAAACUUAAUUCAUGUAUAUUUUAUAUCAUAGUGUCAGCCCAAACCGGUAUAUAAUUCUAUUUGUGUAAUAGACAAUUUGGCUGGAGGUGCAUGUUUAUUAUAUCACAAUAAAUUUAGGGUGCCAAAUAAACAUGGAAAUCAAGGUGCAGCUGUUAAUAUUUUACAAUAUUUAACAGUCGUUGGAAAUGUGUUCAAAAUUCAAGCAAAAAUCAAAACACAUCUGUAUUUUGUGAUUACUGCUGCCUUUUGCAUACAUUUUUUUCUGAAAAAUAUUGCAUUAUUUGGAUUUUGUUUGUUACUGCCUUUUGCAGGUAUUAUCUUUUGGGAAAAAAUAGCAUCAUGAAGAUGCUACAGAGUUUUAGUGGAAACUUUUGCUUGCCUCUUAUUUUAACAGGGGAAUGAUUUGCCAAUUGUUUGCAGAAGUACAAAGCUUUGACGCUACACUCUUUACCUGUUUAUGCAAUUGUAGGACUGGUCAAAUCAAAUAGCUAGUUAAAAUCCCAGUAAUUGCUAGAGGAGAGGUAAGUUAGGAAGGCCAUGACAGUUGCCUGCCACAGGUUUUAAAGGUCUGAAACUCUAAACUGUGCUAUUACUGUUUUCAAAGUUUAAGCACUCAUCGGAAAUAAAAAAAAAAAGUUGUUGCAUUUAUAUGGACUCCUCUGGUAUUGAAUUAUUAUAUGCAUGAUAAUAAACACCAGUUGACCCUCUACAAUAGUACAGCGGUCUGAGUGUGUGUUCUGAGAGUUUUAUUUGAUUACUACAUAUCUUUUUUAAUAAUGUGUAUGAUCGAGCUGAUUGCAUUUUGUGAGAGAUGACCUUUCAUUUACUCAUGCUAAACAUGCUCUCUGGAAAUAAAUUUAUCAUUAAAUUUGA